AUGGACCCUGUGGUCCUGGCUGCUGACCUGUCCUUGCCCUGCCAUGCAGCGAGCACCCUGCGGCCCUAUGUGGAUGUGGGGCUCUGGGUGAAGGACUGGCACUGGUGCUCAGCUGUAGUGGCUGACAGUCAGACUGGGGUCACUGGUGUCUGGAGCACCGGGCACCUGGCCUACACCCCCUGCAUUCGACAGCCACCUCGGGGCACAGGGGCAGUCCUCCUACAGCAGAUGGUCUCCACGCUCAGGACAAGCAGUGCUCACCGCACAGCCAUGGGCCCCAGAGCAGGUGCCCAGGUGAGCCCAGGCCUCGCCGUCCUCGUGUGGCUCACCACGCACUGCUGUUGUCCCCAGGCCCAGGGCCUCUCCGAGGGAGGGCUGGAUGCCAGCAGGGCCGACCCCUGGGCCAUCACCAACACCUCCUCCCUCUUGCACAACUUCUGGUGCCAGCCGGCCAGCCAGCUGCCCCGGGACCAGCUUUCCGAUCUCAUCAGGGGGAUGGCAACACAGCAGGCACUUCUUAGAGCCUGGCAGCUCAGCUGCCUGGCCAACCUGGUCACUCUGCGCGGCCUCCAGGACGACUUUGAGCUCCACCCCCCAGACCUGCUACUCUUCUAUGACCUGACUCAGGUGAGGGAAGCCAGGUGCCAGGCCUUCAUCCACCGCGCCGCCCAGGGGGACACGGAGCUGCUAGCCAACCUGCCAGACCAGAGGGCCGCCCUGCGACACAUGGCCUUGGCCUGCCUGGGGGGACCCCGGCUGCGGCUCAGCGCCUCUGACCUGCUGCUCCUCGGGGUCCUGGUGUGUGACAUGGACGCGUCCAGCAUCGAGGCCGCGGACCCCCUUGUGCUGGAGAACUUGCAGCGCUGCCGCGGGCUCACUACCACCCAGCAAGCCGCCCUCAACACGCUGCUAGCCAGUGGCACGACCGUGCUUGGGCCUCCAGGUUCCUGGGACCUAGAGGGGCUGCAGGCUCUGGGACCCCUGGCCACCUACAUCAGCCCCAGCCUGUGGAUGCAGGUGCAGGAGGCUGUGGGCCUGGACUUCUUCAGGGGCAUGGUGGCCACGUACCGAGCUGGGCAGCUCAGCCAGCACGAUGCCAGGCGCUUCGUCACUGGCUUCCUCGAGGCCAAGGCCGAGUCAGUGUCCUCUCGGCCCAAGAGGGGCACAGGGAGACCCUGCCUCCGUGGAGACAUCACAGCGGCCACGCUGCAUGACAACCUGUUUCUAGUGCGCUAUGACUGCUUGCAGCUAGAGUCCUGCCUGGGCAGCCACGUGCUCACAGCCAACCUGGACCCCCUGCUGCAGCACCCCCUGCCAGCCGAGUGCCAGCGCGUCGUCAAGGCCAAGCUGGCUCGGGUCUACCCACACGGUGUCCCCGAGGAGCAGCUGCGACUCAUCACCUCGCUGGUCUACCUCUACUCCCGCUCGGAGAUUGGCCAGUGGAACAUCACGUCCAGGGACACAGUUGUGGCCCUGCUGGCCUCAGACGUGGCCCUGGAGAACCAGACUGAGGCUGUCCUACAGAAGUACCUGGACCACAACGGCACCAUCACCGGCGCCCUGCUCGUGGCCAUUGGGGGCUGGCGCCUCUGCUGGAUGAGUCCCCGGCAGAUCCAGGCCAUCAGGCCCUCGGAGUUCCGGCAGGCUGGGGCCUUGGACAUCUCCUCCUGCCCUCAGAGCCGCAAAGAUGUGCUCUACACCAAGGCCCGCGAGGCCUUUGGCGGCGCCAGGAGCACAGCGGCCUACUACCGCCUCAUGCGUCCCUACCUGGGCGGCGCCCCUGUGGAGGAGCUCCGGCACCUGGUCCAGGCAAACGUCUCCAUGGACAUCGACACCUUCACCACGCUGAACCCCCGAGUGCUGCAGAACCUGAGUGUGGGCAAUGUGACGACACUGCUGGGCCAGAACGUAGGGGACCUGCGGAAGGCGCGCAGCCACCCGACCAUCAGCUCCUGGCUCCGCAGCCUGAACACAUCGGCCCUAGGAGAGCUGGGCCUGGACACGGAUCCUGCCAGCCCCCCCGGCCCCGCCUGCCCCACCACUGGGACCCCCAGCACCACACCUGGGGUGCCCUACCCAGCCACCACCUCGGGCCGGCCUGGGAACGACGCCCCUGCCUCCGGAGCAGCCUCCAUGGCGGCCCCACUGGGGUACCUGCCACUCGCCGUGGCCCUGCCCUUGGGCCUCCUGUGGCUGCUGCACUUGGGCUCCCCAGGCCCCAGCCAGGAUUCCUUGUGGGGCUCCUGCACCAAGGCCUCCGAAGAUGGCACUGCCCCAGGACUGCAUGCAGGGAAACUGAGGCUGAGGCUGAGGGUGGAGCUGGACACCCGUCCAGUCCGAGCUGCAGGCUCCGGGCCCAGAGGACCUGGCCACGGCCCACAUCCUAGGUACUUGUGGGGCUGGUCCCUACUCACACCCAGCUCCCAGGACACAGAGCUGGAAUGA